AUGUAUAGGUUCAGCAACACAGUGAUAGGGUUCUUAAACUUGCUAACACUAUUAGCAUCCAUACCAAUAAUUGGAGCAGGAUUAUGGAUGGCAAGAAGCAGCACAACUUGUGAAAAUUUUCUCCAAACACCACUUCUUGUAAUAGGUUUUAUCGUACUUGUGAUAUCAUUAGCUGGUUUCAUUGGUGCAUGUUUUCAUGUAGCAUGUGCACUAUGGUUGUAUUUGGUGAUUAUGUUGUUGCUAAUAGCAGCACUAUUGGGUGUAACUGUAUUUGGUUUUGGUGUCACUAGUAAAGGUGGUGGUGUAGAAGUUCCUGGUAGAUCUUAUAGUGAGUAUCAUCUCAUGGAUUAUUCACCUUGGUUGAAGAAAAGAAUAGAAAACCCUAGGUAUUGGAAUACUUUAAGGAAUUGUAUUUUGGGUUCUAAAACUUGUGACAAACUUGCUUCUUGGACCCCUUUGGAUUAUAUGCAGAAUGAUAUGUCUCCGAUACAGUCCGGAUGCUGUAAGCCACCAACAGCUUGCAACUACAACAUGGAAGCAGCGAUGCUGAAUCAAGACUCAGAUUGCUACAAAUGGAACAAUGCACCGACAGUGCUAUGUUACGAGUGUGAUUCAUGCAAAGCUGGUGUACUUGAAAACUUAAGAAGGAAUUGGCAUAAAUUAUCGGUUCUCAUCGUCACGAUGCUUGUUCUUCUCAUAGGGAUUUAUUCCAUUGGCUGUUGUGCUUUCAGAAAUGCAAGAAGAGCUCAAACGGAUUAUCCGUAUGGCGAAAAUCGAAUGACCAAAGUUCGACCAAGAUGGGAUUAUCAUUGGUGGAGAUGGUUGCAUGACAGGAAAGAACAGCUUUAUUAG